AGUGGUUUGCUGACCAACAGCAGUCUCCAGUUCGGUAUUUAGUGCCUAGAAGAAAAGCAAUAAUUUAUAGUCUUUGACUGGUUCUCAAUUCCAGGCUCCACUGUAAAGGUGGAGACCUGGAUCAGGAGUAUCUUUUUUUUUUCUAUAUGGAAACCAUUGUGAAGAAAGACAUGGGAGGAAUCCAUCGAACCUUGCUGUGCCAAGGCCCCGUGAAACUCAAAUGUUUCCAGAAAACGAAAAAAAAAAGACAUCUCUCCUUAUUUAAUGAUGUCUUGGUUGUGUCGCGUAUCCUGAAUAAAAGAGAGUUUAAGAUAAAGUGCAUCAUCCCACUGCAUCUCCUGUGGGUGGUGGUGGAUGAUGUGGCCCAACGCAGAAAAAAUGAAAUCUGUACUUGCAAGACCCUUUACCUGCAUUGUCCCAAUGGACACUUUUGGGCCACCUUUCGUUCACAAGAACAGAAAGAUCAGUGGCACUAUUUUCUCCAAAGAUCAAUUCAUGAAGCCAAGAAGGGUAUCAAGACAAAUUUAUCAUUGAAGAUACACACUGAAGACAUCCCAACCUGUGACAGUACUUUAUCUGUAACAGCAACAAACCUCGAUACAGUGAAUGAUAUAAUCGAGAAGCUGCUACCAAUGAUAAGAAUGCGUAACAGUGAAGAUUACCAAUUGUGGUUCAGUCAUAGCCGUGAGGAAGCUCCAAGAGCACUCCAAGGCUUCAAGUAUCCACAUAUUAUUAUCAUGACCAACUUUCAAAACACCUGCAAUGGAUCAAACUCAAGAAUUUUAACAGCUUUUCCUGCCUUACCUGGGAUGUUUGUGCAAGACCUAAACUCAGAUGCUCAGGGACAUUUCUUCUUAAAGCCCAGACAGCCAGCUAUAAACCAGCAGCAAAGUGCAGAGGAAAGUCAUUCUAAGAUACAAAGACCAGUUUUGACAUCUUGCUUCCACAGGGGCUCUGUGCCCCACCAAGAUCAAGUGUGUACUGUUCCUACAGCUAAUAAUGGAAAACUCUUCGGAACAGAACUGAGUUGCAUCUAUCAUGAGGGAAAAUGGCCCAAAUUAAUUGUGGACAUUCUGUCAGUCAUAAGGAAGCAAGGCCCUUCAACAGAGGGCAUAUUCGUGAUUGCUCCUGAAGAGACAUCAUGCAAAGCCCUAAAAGAGAAAUUAGAAUCAGGGGAAGAAUUAGACCUGAAAAAAUUCUCGGUGCACGAAGUUGCUUGGAUACUCAAGGAAUUCCUUGGACACAUUAAAGGCUGUGUGCUGACCUCGACAUUAUAUGAACAGUGGCUUGAUGUCCCCAACAAGGUCAAUAACAAAGACAAAUUAAGAGCAGUAAAGAGUCUUUUAGAUAAACUUCCUCUUGAAAAUGCUGCUCUGCUGGGAAACCUUUUUAGGAUACUCCAUACAAUUGCAAGCAGUUCUUCCAUUAACAAAAUGAAACCUUACAAUAUAUCUACCGGAAUAGCAUCAUCCAUCUUAUGGCUUCCUAGCUACCGCAAGGUGAUAAAUGAUAUUGACCAAAAGAUUUCUCUCAUAACUUUUAUGAUCGAGAACUCUCCUGAAAUUUUUGGAAUUGACAUGGUUUGGUAUGAAACCUCACUUUUUUAUCCACAAGAAGCAAAGGCCUCAUGUUCCCAGAAUGCUACAUCUAACACUGGGAACAUAAAGGAAACAGAACCUGAACUCAGCAGCUGCCCCAGUGGGAGGACACACACCCCUGGACAUUAUGCACGGCAGAUAAGUCCAGCUGCUCCUCUUGUGUGUGAGAGUAUUAUAGAUGCACAGAAAGAUGAAGGCAAUGCCUAUAUAACCCAACACGAACCUUCUCCUCCAGCAGUAACGCAAAAUCGAGAGUCAAUGAACCAAGUUCAACAUACAACUUUCUACAACAGAAACUUGGUUAUGACUAAAGAAAGUGUCGACCCUUGUAUUUCAAUGUUCCCUUCUACCUCCCACUCAAAGAAGGCAGAAGAAAUUAUUAGAAGAAACAACUUCAGGUUUCUUUUUAACCAUACUUAUUUGGUACAAGUAGUUUCAUUCACUAUACUUAUUUUAUGUUGUAUAAUCCAUUUUGUAAUUAAUUAUAAUAAAUGGCAUUAAAUUUUGUUAUAUUGCUUAUA